ACAUUCCAUUCAGCCGUGUGAUAUAAUUGGCUGACAAUGGCUAAUAACGAAUGGUAGCUCCGCCCACCCAGCGCCUAUUCGCUCUGAAAGAAAGGGGCGGGACCUAGAUACAGACAGGUGAGACGCAGGUGAAGGAAAAAGUAAAAGUAAGUCCAGUUUCCUCCAUUAGAACAGGACAGAAGUCUGGAUUCACUCGGGGUAAAGAAGAGUGAAAGAUGGAUCUUCAGAACUUCAGAAGUGGAGAUGGAGCUCCUCUCCUAAAGGAGAAGAGAGCAGCAUCUCCAGCCCCCAGUGGAGUGUCUAUGAAGAGUGAACAGUCCAUGCAUCAUCCUCCAGAGUUCAGCAGUGCAGGAGGAAGCUCUGGGUCUCGAACUACAACCCAGAGAGGAGAUUCUCCAGAGCCCAGCUGUGUGUCUCUGAAGAGUGAUCAGUCCAUGGGUUUCCCUCCUGAUUUCAGCAGUGAAGAAAUGACCUCUGACCCACAAACUGAAACCCAGAGAGGAGCUUCUCCAGAGCCCAGCUGUGUAUCUAUGAAGAGUGACUGGUCCAUUGGGGAUCGUCCUGAUUUUAGCAGAGAAGAUAUGACAUCUGACCCACAUAAGAAGAAAAUAAACAAUUACAGGGAAAAACUGGACCACAUAUUCAAGGAGCUGCAGCAGAAGUUUAUCUCUCUAGUGAAGAACGAGCUGAACACAUUAAAGGAACUCCUGAGUCCAGAUUACCCAGCAUGCUCUGAGAGAGAGUUGGAGGAUGAUCAGAGGGAGGGGGUGCUGAUGAUCACACUGCACAUCCUGAGGAACAUGAAGCAGACAGACCUCGCUAAUACACUAGAGAGCAAAUUAGCCCCAGCAUGUCAACGAAAGCUCAAAUCCAAACUGAGGGAUAAAUAUCAGAAAAUUAAUGAAGGAAUCUCAGGCUAUGGAAACUCAGCACUUCUGAAUGAGAUCUACACAGAGCUCUACAUCACAGAGGGAGGGGGUGGAGAUGUCAAUCAGGAACAUGAGGUGAAGCAGAUUGAAGCUGCAUCCAGGAAAAGGCCAACGCAGGAAAGACCAAUCAAAUGCAAUGACAUCUUUAAAGCCUUACCAGAACAGAACCAGCCCAUCAGAACUGUGCUGACUAAAGGAGUUGCUGGAAUUGGAAAAACAGUCUCAGUGCAGAAGUUCAUUCUGGACUGGACUGAAGGAAAAGUAAAUCAGGAUGUUCUCUUUAUAUUUCCACUUCCUUUUAGAGAACUGAAUCUGAUGAAGGAGAAGAAGCUCAGUCUGUUGAAUCUUCUUCAGAGCUUCUUCCCAGAAACACAAGAUUUAAAACCAAGACAUUAUAAAGGAUACAAGAUCAUGUUCAUCUUUGAUGGUCUGGACGAGUGUCGACUGCCUCUGGAUUUCAAGAACAAUGAGAACUUGGUGGAUAUAGAAGAGCAAACCUCAGUGGAUGUUCUGCUGACGAAUCUCAUCAAGGGGAAUCUGCUUCCCUCUGCUCUUCUCUGGAUCACCUCUCGACCAGCAGCGGUCAAUCAGAUCCCUCCUGAGUGUGUUGAUCAGGUAACAGAAGUGCAGGGUUUCAGUGACCCUCAGAAACAGGAGUACUUCAGUAAGAGGAUCCAGAAUCAGGACCUGGCCAACAAAGUCUUCACACACAUCAGAUCUUCAAGAAGUCUUUACAUCAUGUGCCACAUACCAGUCUUCUGCUGGAUUACAGCCACUGUUCUAGAGAGAAUGCUGAGUGAAGCUGAGAGUGGAGAAAUCCCCAAAACCCUGACGCAGAUGUUCACUUACUUCCUGAUCUUUCAGAUCAAACACAAGAGCCAGAAGUACAGUGGAAAAAGUGACCCUGAUCCUCAGCAGACUAGAGAAAGUAUUCUGGCUCUGGGGAAACUGGCGUUCCAGCAGCUGGAGAAAGGAAACCUGAUCUUCUACGAGGAAGAUCUAAGAGAGAGUGGCAUUGAUAUUAGAGAAGUAUCAGUGUACUCAGGAGUGUGUACCCAGAUCUUCAGGGAGGAACAUGAGCUGCACCUGGGGAAGGUCUUCAGCUUCGUACACCUGAGCGUUCAGGAGUUCCUCGCUGCUUUAUAUGCAUUUCUCUGCUUCCUCGAAAAAAAGGUUCUAAAUCAGCGAACCACUGAACAGCAAAACACUAAACAGCAAACCCGUAAACUCUCCAAGAUUUUCAGCAGAUCAGCUAAGACUAACAUCCUUAAGAGAAAGACUCUGAAACAGCAAACCACAGAACAGCAAAACACUGAACAGCAAACCACUGAACAUCAAAACACUGAACUAGCUGAACUCUUCAGCAGGUCAACGAUGACUGGCUUCCUCAGCAGUGCUGUAGACCGAGCCUUACAGAGUGAGGGUGGACACCUGGACCUGUUCCUUCGUUUCCUUCUGGGUCUCUCACUAGAUUCUAAUCAGACUCUGUUACGAGUCUUACUGACCCCGACAGAGAGGAUCCCUCACAGCAACGAGAAAACAGUCAAAUACAUCAAGAAGAAGAUUGAGGAGAACUCCUCUUCAGAGAAAUCUAUUAAUCUGUUCCACUGUUUGAAUGAACUGAAUGAUCACUCUCUAGUGCAGGAAGUUCAGAAAUACCUGAGUGGAGGUGGUGACCGUCGUCUUCAUCAGGCCAGCCUCUCUCCUGCUCAGUGGUCAGCUCUGGCUUUUGUGUUGGUUAACUCAGAAGAAGAGCUGGAUGAGUUUGACCUCAGUAAAUAUCACCCAUCAGAGGAGUGUCUUCUGAAGCUGCUGCCAGUAGUUAAAAUAUCCAGAAGAGCUCUACUAGCUUCAUGCAAUCUUGGAGUAAAGACGUGUGAAACUCUGGGAUCAAUUAUAAACCUGGAAAACUCCUCCCUGAAAGAAGUGGACCUCAGUAACAAUGACCUGCAGGAUUCAGGAGUGGAGCUACUCUCUUCUGGACUGAAGAGUUCACACUGUAAACUGCAGAUUGUCAGAUUAUCUGGUUGUAUGAUCACAAAGAAAGGCUGUUCUUCUCUGGCUUCAGCUCUGAUUUUAAACCCAUCCCACCUGAAAGAGCUGGAUCUGACCUACAACUACCCAGGAAAGUCAGGAGUGAAGCUGCUUUCUGCCAGACUGGAGGAUCCACAAUGCAAACUGGAGACACUCAGAGUGGAACAUGGAGGGAAGAUCAGAAUCAAACCUGGAUUUAAAAAAUGGUUCUGUGAUUUCACACUGGAUCCAAACACAGUAAACCCUCGUCUCUCUCUGAGUGAGGAGAACAGGAGGGUGGAGUGUGGAGAGGAGCUGCAGUCGUAUCCUGAUCAUCCAGAGAGAUUUGAUGGGUAUCAGCAGGUUCUGAGUAGAGAGGGAGUUACUGGACGCUGUUACUGGGAGGCUGAGUGGAGCGGGAGAGGAGCUGAUGUAGCUCUGAGUUAUAAAACAAUCAGCAGGAAAGGAGGUUCAGACUGUUGGUUUGGACGGAAUAUAAACUCCUGGAGACUGAGCUGCUCUGAUAAAAGAUACUCUGUUCAUAACAAUAAUAAUAUCACAGAUCUCCCCACUCGUCCCUCCGGCUGUAGGAGAGUAGGAGUGUAUGUGGACUGUCCCGCCGGCACUCUGUCCUUCUACAGAGUCUCCACUGAUACACACUCACACACUCUCACACACUUACACACAUUCUACACCACCUUCACUCAGCCCCUCUAUGCAGGGAUUGGGAUUUAUGGUUAUGGAUCAUCAGUGCGUCUGUGUGAGAUUGAGUAAACCUGUCUGAUUCAGAGACUGUAAGAAACACAAGCUGUAUAAAUACUUUCUAAUCUGGUCUAAAGAUGGACCUGUUCAAACUGCAUCAUUCAUCUACAAUUAGUGUAUUUUAAUAUUUAAUAUAUUUCAGAGUAUUAACAUUAUUACUGUACAUUGUGUGUAUAUAUUCUUUUGUAUAUUUGAGAUUAAAACCAUUGUUUCUGUAUUUAAAGCUCCAGACAAAAACUAGUUUAAGGAGCCAAAAAUCAGAGGCCAAUAUUUUUAUGCAAACUAUUAAGCAUUUGGACUUUAACUGCACCUUAAACACUAUUCUAGAUUAAACCUCCUCUGCCUCUGCCUAAGCCAAAGUCCUCUCACACACUUACGCAUUUUUUCAGUGUAAAAUGUGAGCACGUGAUUUGUAACAUCAACUUAAAAACAAUCCAAGUCCUCUCCAAACCAUCACUGAUUGGAGCUUGAUGGAACCUUCCCACUAGGCCUCAAACAGCUUGGACUAUGUGCCUCUCCACUCUUCCUCCAGACUCUGCUCCCUUGAAGUCAGAGCACUCCAUGCUUCCCUCUGCUGACAACUUUUAUGGAGGUGCAGAUUUCAUUUUCCAGCAGGACUUGGCACACUGCCCACAGUGCCAAAAGUACCAAUUGAUCUUAUAUAAUAUUUAACAUUUCUGAGACACUGUUUUUUUUAAUCAUCAACAAUAAAAGAAAUAAAUGCUUUAAAUAGAUCACUCUGUGUGUAAUACAGCUAUAUAAUAUGAGUUUCACAUUUUUUCAACUGAAUUACUGAAAUAAAGUAACUUUUGAAAUAGA